AUGUCUAGCAUCAUAUUUCAAAUUACUAUAACGGUCGUUUGUACUGCAGGAUUAAUAUCUACAGCCCCCAUGAUGUCUAAGUGUACCCCAUGUGCCAUCUACUGCUCUGACCCAGAUGUGACCGGACCAAGUUGCUGGUCCUGUCAGUGUGAGCCGGACAUCAAUUCAUCCUACCAACCCCCAAAAACAUCAUGCAAUAACGAAUCUUGUAGACUUAAGUGUAGUAAACAUGGUUUAAAAGUAGACAUCCAAGGUUGUCCAAAUUGCCAGUGCCGUAUGGUUUCAAGAAUCGAUGUCCCCAGUUGA